AUGACUUUAAGAUAUAGACUCAGAUGCGACCUAGUUCAACCUCAUUGCAUAAACUGCAACCUUUUAGUAAAUGCCAAGGGAAGGAAUGGUCUCAACUGCAUUAAAAGUCAAGGAUGUAAUCCGCGCGAAAGAUAUCAUACGAAAAAUUUGGAUGGUAGCAAAUUACUUGAUAUAGAAAAUGAUGAAGCGUCCACUUGUUUAGACAAAGAUAUCAUUCCGCAGGGAAUAAUCCACACUCAGAAUCUUAUGGGAAUGUGGAAGACCUACGCUCAUACCAUACCUCCCGAUGAAUAUCUGUUUGAAUCAGGUAUAACUGAGCAUCUACACCGAUUUAACACGUCAUUCCAGGUCAAAUAUGCUGGUUAUAUCCAAAGUCAAUGUUUUGGACCAUCAUUGUUGGAGAGCUGGCUUGAUACAGAUAACCCGGGAUGGGUCCAUUCCGAUCUUUACAAUGAAAAAAAAGAAUUCUAUAACAGUUUCAGUUACAGAAUUAUGUUUGCUAAUGAAGAUUACGUCGUAUUGUAUUCUUGUAAUAAAAUUCUUUCUAGUGGCAAAUGUCAGUGGUCUUAUCCAAACGUCAUAAUAAAUGGGCGACCAUAUUUAGAUGUUGAUAGGGGGACUUGGUGCAAAAUACUGAAGUUUAUCAAGCAUAAAUUAUGCAUUGACCCUGGGAAUAUUCGUAUACAAUCACAUACAAAAGAUUGCUUACACAAAUUGAAAAGAGAAAAGGGUUUUUUGCUGGAGUCGAAUUAUACUAAGACUAGACAUCCUACUAUGAAUGCUAAAAACUCCUUUAAGAAAUUGAAUAAACGAAGCAUCGAUAACUUAAAAGAAAUUCAUAAAUUUUGUAUCAAGGAAAUAAAUUCGAUAUAA